AUGUCAGUAACAGUUUCCAGCGGAUUUUAAAUCUGCAAUUCUCCAUUAAAUAAUUCUAAAUCCAAGCAGAUGUAUUCAUUUCCUAAAGAAACUAGAUUUAAAAAUAAUGCUAAUUCUUAAUCUGCAAACGUUUUUUAUGAUUUACCUUCAAUGAGGAUGACAAGAUCUACAGCAAUAGGCUAUGGAUCAAAGUACGAUUUUACAAAGUAAAAUACAAGAACACCAGCUCCUAAUGCUUAUGAACAAAAAAUGAAUACAAUAUAGCAAGUAGAAAGGAAAGGAUGGUCCUUUGGUCUUAGCAGAGAAAAUAUGGCAAAGACAAGUGGGCCUCUAGGAUAAUUGAAUUUAUUUAGUCCUGGGCCAGGCACAUAUCAAGUUCCAAGCGCUUUGAGCAAGUAAGCCUUCACACUUAGACAGAGAACUGCUUCUCCAGAUGCUAAAAAUACUAACUUGAAGUCACCUGGACCUGGUGCAUAUGCUUCGCUUCCAGCAAUUAAAGAAGAUGGUAAAUACUUUUUGUCUAAAUAUAAAAGCUCUGGGUGUAUAAGCUUUAGUCCCUCAUCAUCUUAAAGAUUCCCUAAAUCAAGUGCAGAUCAAACUCCUGGACCUGGAACAUAUAAACCUAUUGUAUCUAUAAAUCCUGACGGCAGGUACUUCGUCUCUAAAUUUAAAUCAAGCAAUUCCAGAUCAUUUACCCAUUCCAAGCGUAUUACUAAUGGUGUAUCAUAGUUUACUCCAGGACCAGGUUCUUAUAGACUUCCUAGCGAAUUUGGUUAUUAUGAAUCUAAGCCUAAUAAAAGCUGA